GAUUCGGGCUAAAAGCACGACUAAUUUAGAAUUUAUUUUUCUCGUCAAAAAUAGCAACGCAACUCGACAAAAAUACACAUACAAAAAAGAAAGAAAGAACGGAAACACUCCAAUAAAUCCACAAGAUAAACUCUGUGGAAUGGUGAAAAGAAAUAAAUUUUGUUUGGAUUGUUCACAGUAAAACAGAAUUGCCAUUCGCAAAUUAAACAGUAAGAUGUGGUCCUUCUUUUCGCGGGAUCAAUCGAAAGACUUCCCGUAUGAAAUCGGGGAACAGGUACACGGUCUGGAAUCGAAAAGUAUUUGGAGCCUACACAGGGGCAAAAAGAAAAAUACCACGGACGAACAGCUGGUGUCGGUGUUUGUUUAUGAUAUUAAAAGUGGGUCGGACACGAAACUGGAAAUACUACGACAUUCAAUUAAGAAACUGAAGACUUUGCGACAUCCGUGUUUGUUGCAAUUUUUGGAUAGCUUAGAAACGGAUAAGGUACUUUAUGUGGCUACCGAACUAGUCGAACCGCUGGGAACGUACAUUGAACAUUUGGAUAUGGGAUCACCGCAAAAAGAUCUUUACCUUGCUUGGGGCAUAUUUCAAGUAACGCGCGGAUUAUCAUUCCUGAACAACGACGGAAAUCUGCGCCAUAACAAUGUCUCAUCAUGGUCCGUGUAUGUAAAUACUUGCGGCGAAUGGAAACUGGGUGGCUUAGAAUAUGUUUCACCAAUCGAUGGUAAUCCAAUGCCACCAGUAAAGGUUCCACCGUCGUUAGAAGUGUACGAUCCGCCGGAGAAAAAUGAUCCAUCAAAAUUAAAAAGCGUAACGAAAUGUUCGACCGAUAUGUGGGGACUUGGUUGCUUAGUUUGGGAAUCAUACAACGGGCCACUGAAAAGUAGUACGAAUUUACAAAAUAUCAAAAACAUACCUAAAUCUCUAGCGCCUCUGUAUUGUGAAUUGGUUGGUGCUAAUCCUUCAAGUAGACCGAAUCCAGCCGAUAUCAUAACGAAAUGCCGAAAACCGGACGGAUUUUUCAAGAAUGAUUUGGUCGAUACGUUGCUGUUCCUGGAAGAGAUUCAAAUCAAAGACAAGGCUGAAAAGUUGCGAUUUUUUAACUCGAUAACGGCACAAUUAGAUAAUUUUCCGAAAAGCGUAUGCAAACACAAAAUACUUCCCCAACUAAUUACGGCAUAUGAAUAUGGAGAUGCUGGUUCAGCGAUAUUACCCCCAAUGUUUAAGCUAGGAAAUUUACUGGACGAAGCCGAAUACCAGAAGCGUAUCGUGCCAUGCGUUGUAAAAUUGUUUACCUCUACCGAUCGCGUUACACGUGCUAGACUAUUGAAUACACUGGUGCAUUUCGUUGGACAUUUACAACCACAAGUAGUUAAUGAACAAAUUUUUCCGAAUGUAGCCCAUGGUUUUUUGGACACUAAUCCUUACAUACGGGAUCAAACUAUCGAAUCGAUAAUACAUUUGGCGCCAAAAUUGAAUUACAAUAACUUAAAUGUCGAAGUCCUCAGACAUUUUGCUCGUUUACAAGCGAAAGAUGAUCAAGGAGGCAUUAGGACUAACACAACGGUUUGUUUAGGGAAUAUAGCCAAGCAUCUUCACCCGCAGGUGCGGCAACGAGUAUUAGUGUCUGCGUUUAUGCGUGCAAUCAAAGAUACAUUUCCACCUGCUCGUGGCGCUGGUGUAUUAGCCUUAGCUACAACGCAGCAAUAUUUUUUAUUGUCUGAAGUAGCCAAUCGUAUAUUGCCAGCACUAUGUACAUUGACCGUGGAUCCGGAUAAAACUGUGCGCGAUCACACUUUCAAAACGUUACGUGGAUUUUUGGGAAAAUUGGAACGCGUAUCAGAAGAUCCUAGCCUACGUGAACGAAUGGAGGCUGAUGUUCACACGGCUACACCAUCCCUGGGAAAUGCAGCAGCAACGUGGGCUGGAUGGGCAAUGACUACCGUAACGGCAAAGUUCUAUCGAAGUCAGAGUGAUUCAUCGCGACCACCAAGUCAACGACACUUAACUAAAACAUUGAGCAAACCUGCUUCACUGGAACAUCCAUCAAGUAGUAGUUUAUCGACGACAACAUCUAGCGUAACGUCGAUGACUUCAUUGGAACAUGAAAGUAAUGAAACAACAUCAGUAUCGGCUAGUGAUUACGGCAACGAGUAUUGGGACAAUGAAAAUUGGGGUGACAUGGAUACAUCCCAGGAUCCUAGUUCACCGAAUGCAGUUGAAUCUGCACCAGCAUCAACGAGCAAUAAUUUAGCUGCAGGAAAUUUGUUGGAUCUCCGUGAUGGUUGGGACAAUGAGGAAUGGGGUAGUUUAGAGGAAGAACCGAAUGAGGAAUCGGUUGACAUUAAGGAAGAUCUACCAAAAGACCCCAAAGAGGUGUCAAAUGAAUUGAAUAACCACAACAACAUUAGCCCAACUUCAAAUAAUUCGAACACAAACUGGGGCAAUGACACUUGGGGCGAUGGUGAAUUUGAACCGAUCAAUGAAGAAACAUUUACAGGUAAUCCUAAAAUCGACGAGGCACGCCGGAAACGCGAAGAAAAGAAGAUGCAACGACAAAGGGAACUGGAAGUACUUCGUGCAACACGGGGUCCUUUAAAAUUAGGAGCAAAAAAGCUUUAAAAAUAAGGUUCGAGGUUUUGUUAAUAAUUAUUUUUUUCUGUGGAAAGUAGAAAUUGGUCAAAGAAUUGCUAACUAUAUAAAUAACAAAAAAUUAUUUAAACAAACAAACAAACAAAAAACAUUUAAAACAACAGCAAAACAAACAGAAAAAAAAGAAAAAAUCGUUUUAUCAGUUCAAUGGGAAACUUAUCAUUAGUUGUGAGAGAACGAAAUUGUUUCGACAUUUUUUUUAGAUAGAAUUAACGUCACUAAAUAUAAAUUAUAAAGAUUAAAAGAAAACAAUGGAAAUACAGUAAAUGUCAACCAAAUUUGUGUCUUAGUUUACUUCAGCUUGUUUGUCAGCUUGUCCGGUCAUACACAAUUACACCGCAUAUCCUUUCUAUGACAAUGUGUUUUUGUGAGUCGGCCAACUGGCAAACAAACUGAAUCAAACGAAGACCAAAUUUGGUUGACAUUAACUGUGAAUCACACAGAUGAUAAAACUAAAAUGUAUAAAAAAAACAAACAAACAAAGAAACAGCUUCAACAUUUUUAAUAUUGUAACGUCUUAACAAAAA